AUGCCAAAAAAAGGGACAAUUUCAAAAAAAAAGCCGAUGAAAAUGAAGAAAAGUACGAAUAACAACCUCGAUUCUGAUAAUCAAAACACCUGCGAUCAUACUGUAAUGUGUAAUGAUAAAUUUAGUGACAAAAAAUCCGGCUAUGAACGUAAUUCCUAUCAGUCUCGAAACAGUCAACACAUCAGCUCGCUCACUGAGCUUGCAUCCAUCGAUGAAUCCGAGCCAUUGUUUCAUCAUUUGGAGAUCAAGGCUGGUAGCACCAUGAAAAAAUCUAGCCUUGGUAGUUUGGGCAGUAAUAAUAGUACAACACGUAAUGGCGGUAAUUCGUCCAAUAACAAUAACGCCGUCUUAUCUCUGAAGAAUGACAAUAAACGUUUGGCAAAAGAAAUAAAAUCACUAGUGCUUUGGAAAUCACCAAUGAAGACCCUCAAAUAUGCAAGCCUUGAAGUAUUGUUUCUAAUAAAAACUAACAUUGAUAGGUUACUACAUCAACGUGCAUUGCUUUUUGGCAUUUUAGCUGUCUUAUGCGCUAUCGUUGCAAUCAUUCUCACUCCUGGCCAACACCAGCAAGUAAUCGAUUCGUUUAAAAAAAACGGAUUUUUCGUAGUUUAUUGGUUAGGGUUAGGAAUAUUAUCAUCCGUGGGGCUUGGGACGGGAUUACACACAUUCUUGUUAUACCUGGGGCCACACAUUGCCAGUGUUACUUUGGCUGCUUACGAAUGCAGUUCCCUCAACUUUCCCGAGCCACCUUAUCCAAAUGAAAUACUUUGUCCAGAUGAUAAAGGUAGUUCAAACCAUAUCAUUCCAUCGCUGUGGUCUAUCAUGGCAAAGGUUCGCUAUGAAGCUUUUCUUUGGGGUGCUGGUACAGCUCUAGGGGAAUUACCACCUUAUUUCAUGGCGAAGGCUGCUCGUCUUUCUGGAAACAUUACUGAGGAAAUGGAAAAUUUACAGGAGUUAGAAAAACUUCAAAGGCGCAAAGAAAAAGGAGAAAAGUUGAAUCUGUUUGAAAAAGGUAAAUUGUUCAUGGAAGAUAUCGUCGAACGAGUAGGAUUUUUUGGAAUUUUACUGUGCGCAAGUAUCCCUAAUCCGCUAUUUGAUUUAGCUGGCAUCACGUGUGGACAUUUCUUGGUUCCUUUCUGGAAAUUUUUUGGUGCAACUCUUAUCGGCAAAGCUGUUAUAAAAAUGCAUAUUCAGAAAAUUUUUGUCAUCAUAUCUUUCAACGAAAGUUUGGUGGAUAGAUUCAUCAAUUUUCUUGUACUCAUUCCGUUAGUUGGUGUAUGGCUACAAAAACCAUUCAAAGCAUUUUUCGAGAGUCAAAAACAACGAUUGCAUCGGAAUUCCUCCAAGCAUCUUCCUGGUACAUCAUCAGAUGGGAAUUUGCUGGCGAGUGUGUUUGAAUACUUUGUGUUUGCUAUGAUAUGUUAUUUUAUUAUUUCGAUUAUUAAUACAUUUGCUCAGAAUUGCUUCAAACGAAUGAGAAAACCACAAAGUCAUGCGAAUCUAUUGGAUGCAGGAUCUUAUAAAAAAGAUAAUUAAACCAAAAAAAGUGGAGGAUUAUUGCUCAAAAUGUCCUGGUUUUUACCAUCAAAUUUGUUCUAUAAGAAAAUCACUAAUCAUAAACAUAUUCUGGAGAUGGUAGGCAAAUAAUAAUGAUGAUACUAUGGUAAACUGAUGAAAAAUAACCAUGGUUGGAACAUUCUCAAAUUCUAGUCAAACGUUGUUUUACAUCUAGUAGAAGAAAAAAAAGAAUGAAUCACAAUAGAGCACGCACAGAAACAGAAGGAAUAAAAUGAAACAUAAAUAAAACUCAAACAGUGAAUAAAGUUUACCUUUUUUUCAAUAUACACGCUAUCACAAUCAUUUUUGCUAUCAUAGCAUUUUCGAAGGGAUAGAAAAAAAAUCAGGAUUUAUAUCAAACAAAGUGUUCCCAACAUUACUAUUGCUAUCUGUAACCCCAAUUAUUUUUGUUAUGUUGAAAUAAAUGAUUCAAGUUUUUUGCGUGA